AGUAACGCUCAGCACUCUGGAGUGAAAAGAAAAACAAAUCAUAAUAACGUUAGCGUUAACGUUAACAUUGUGUAGUGCGGUAGGCGGGGAUGUUGGUAGGGAGCGCCGCCUCCAGCGACGGCCAACUGUAAACGGUUGCCCAUUCAUUGUACAGAAUUCAUUCGGUGUGUGAGUGUUGAUGAGGUUAGUUGUAAAAAUCUAUUGUGCGGUCUGUCGCUACGCCAACCGAUAAAGAAGUUUUGUGCUGAAAAUUAAACAACGAUUCAUUUGUUGCUAAAUGUGCCAGUGUAAGCAAUAAAAAGAAAGCGAAAAUAAACUGUUUAAAAGCAUAAAGCGACGUAUGCGUGGUAGCGGCAACGUAACGAGCGCCUAGUGACGCCACAAAUUGUGUUGCAUACGUUUGGGCGGCCCGCGAAAAAACAGAGCGAACAUGUUGCUAACGAAGCGCAUUUGUGUAGCUAAAAGCGAGAGUAGCAAUCGCCGUCGCAGCAACUUUGAAGCAACGUGCGCUCGAAUCCCAGCCCCAGCCCCAGCUCCAGCCAAGGCUAAACAGUCAGAGCAAUGGCAACACUAAUACCAGCGAACGCAGGAAAUCCAGCGAGCGCACAGACCUCAAAUGUUGAGGCCACAUAUGAAGAUAUGUUCAAAGAAAUUACACGUAAACUGUACGGUGAGGAGACCGGUAACGGUUUGCAUACGCUCGGCACGCCGGUGGCUCAGGUGGCCACCAGUGGCCCCACAGCGGUGCCCGAGGGCGAGCAGCGCUCCUUUACAAAUUUGCAACAAAUCGAUCGCAACGCCGCGCCCAGCAUUGAAUACGAAGCGAAUGCUGCAGCGGGCGGCGCCAGCGGCAACAACGUGGCCAGCUCACAGGCCAAUGUAAUACAACAGCAACAACAACAGCAACAGCAAACAGAGUCUGGCAACUCUGUAGUAGUCAGCGCUGCCACUGUGGUGCCGGCACCCAGUAUCGCCGCCGCCGUCGGCAGCAGCUUCAAGUCCGAGGAUCACCUAAGCACCGCCUUUGGCUUGGCCGCACUCAUGCAGAACGGAUUCGCAGCAGGCCAGGCGGGUCUGCUCAAGGCGAGCGAGCAGCAGCGCUGGGCACAGGACAACAACGAUCAGCAGCAGCAGCAGCAGCAACAACAGCAGCAGCAACAGCCACAGCUAGUGCAAUGGACUACGGGUGGCAAGUUGCAAAGCUAUGCGCAAGUGAGUCAGCAACAGCAGCAGCAGCAGCAACAACAACAGCAGCAGCAACAACAGCAGCAACAUCAGAGCACGCCCAAGUCCAAAAAACAUCGUCAAGAUCAUGGCAGCGAGCUCAUCUAUGCCAGUCCCUCCACCUCUGCGAAUGCAGCACAGAACUUGGCACAGUCCACGCCCACCUCAGCCCAGCCCACCACCACGAACAGCAGCAGCAGCAGCGGCGGCAGCAGCAGCUCAGGUGGCAGUCGCAAGAAGAACGCCGCAGCCCAAGCCGCCGCCGCCGCCAAUGGCGUGCACAUUGUCAAGCGCUACGCCUGCACCCACUGUCCCUACUCGACGGAUCGUCGGGACUUGUACACGCGCCACGAGAACAUACACAAGGAUGAGAAGCCCUUUCAGUGCUAUGCCUGCCUCAAGCAAUUCAACCGCGCCGAUCAUGUCAAGAAACAUUUUCUGCGCAUGCAUCGCGAGCUGCAGUACGAUAUCAAUAAGACGCGUCGUCACGUCAGCGCCGGCAGCAGCAGCAGCAGCAGCGGUGGCGUCAAUAGCGCCAGUGGUGCACAUCAUGCUGGCGGACGUGGCAAUGUGACCAUCAAUGCUACGGGCGUGAACAUAGACAAUGCCUUCUUGGAGGCACAGCGUCAUCCCACCUCAACCAGCCUCAGCAUUGUGGAGACCAUCGAGGCGGUGGCCUCUGCCGCCGACAUGCCGCUCGCACAGCUCAAGCAGGAGAAACUCGACGAUGGCGUGCUGCCAUUGCAUCUGGUGCAGCAGCAGCAGCAACAGCAACAACAACAGCAGCAGCAACUGCAGCAGCAACAGCAGCAGCAGCAACAAGCUGUGGCCAGCUCUAGUUCUGGCUCCAGCAGCAGCGUUGCCGCUGGCAGCUCAGGCAAUGGUCUACUCAAACCAAAGCGUGAGAAGCGCUUCACCUGCUGCUACUGCCCCUGGUCCGGGGCAGACAAGUGGGGACUCAAGCGUCAUCUGAAUACGCAUACAAAGCCGUUUGUUUGCCUGCUCUGCGAUUACAAAGCGGCGCGCUCCGAGCGCCUCGCCACGCAUGUGCUCAAGGUGCACAAUAAACGCGCCUGCAGCAAGUGCUCCUACCUAGCCGACACCCAGGAAGAGUUCCAGGUUCACAUGAGUGAUGUGCAUCCGCAUGAUAAUCGACCCGCGCGCAGCAACAGCAGCAGCAAUAACAACAACAACAACAACAGCAAUAACAAUAAUAACAAUGGCAACAACAAUAGCAACAAUAAUGCCAAUCAGAAUCUGAACGUCCUACGUACCAUUGGCAACACUCUGGUGGCCAAUAAUCAACUAAACACCUUUCACAAUGCGGGCAACGCUUUUGGCGCCUCUAGCGGCCAAACCGUCAGCAAUGUGAGCGGCAGCGGCGCCGUUACCAUCUACACCACCACUACCAAUGAGGGCGUGGCUGGUAGCGGCGGCGGAGGGAACAUCACGGGCGGUCCACUGCAGGAGAUCAUUGUGAAUCCCACCUCGAUGGUGGGUUGGCGUUUGAGCGCUAAUGGCUCGUUGAUACCACCGCAUGAUCUACUCACCGGCAGUCUACCGAAUGCCGCGACACAGAAACGCGGCUCGGAGCGUUUAUUUCAAUACCUCGAAGCCGAGGGCAGCGAUCCGGAGGACUAUGCGCGUCUGCUUAAAAUGGACGCCAUAAGUCGCAAUACAGCUUCGGUCGCUCAGGAUUUUCAUAAAGCGGGAGGCGUGCACGAGUUGAAAAUACCAGCUAAUCAUCAACUCCUGUUCAAUAAUAAACUGCCUUCGCAAUGGACGACACGAGAGGCUGCUGCGCUCUUACACAGCCUCAGCAACAUGGGCAGCCAUAACAGCAGCAGCAACAUUGCUCAGCGACAGAAGUUUGGCAACCUGCGCGCUCGACAACACUCAACGGGUGAGGAUGAUGAGAAUACGCCCUCGUCGGCUUCAUCGUCCUCCUACUCGGGCGAUGAGUUCAAUAUGUCAUCAAGCACAUCGCCCAUGAAGCUAUCGCGUCAUGGCAAGAGUUUGCGUGCCAGCGAUGAGGAGCAGCAACAGCAAAUCAACAGCAAGGCGAUGGCAACGGCAUUUCUGGAAGCGGCUGCCUAUGAGCAGACGGCCAUUGAGUUGCUGGCCAGCAAGCGUAAGAUCAAAAUUGAGAACGAUGAGGAUCAAGAGAAUCAACAACAACAGCAGCAACAACAACAGCAACAGCAGCAGCAGCGUGUGCAGCUUAUUAAAUCGUCUCCCGCGUAUAAACUAAACAACAACAACAACAAUAACAAUAACCAUAGUAAUAACAACAAUAACAACAGUAACUAUUAUAAAGAGAAAACACAUAGAAAUGCCGUUCAUCGUCGCCAGGAUGAUAAAGAGAACAGCAGCAACAGCAGCAGCAGCAGCAGUAGCAAUGCUGUUAGUGUAGCAGCAGCAACUGCUGCAGCAACAGCACCAAUUAGCAACAGCAACUCAACCACAAACUUUCUCACACAAAUGGAAUAUCAGAAUCUCAAUCGCAUUGGCACCGAAUUUCAAAACUAUGUUAAGGACAUUAUCAAUAAAUAUUAUGCAGCUGAGACGCCGCUUAUGUUGGCUGCCGCAGCAGCAGCGCUGCCCACAGCAACCACAACGGGACAGCAGCAGCGCGAGCAGCAGUUGUCGCCAGGCAAACGACGACGUCUGCUGAGCGAAACUGAAGAGUAUAUUGAAUAUCUGCGCAACAAAGAGGACAUCACGCUCACCAUUACGCCCAAGCUGCCAACGCCAACGCCCUCAGCAGCUCCGCAGCCGCAGCCACAAUCGCUGCUGAAGCGUCAGCUUGACUUGUCGGCGCCGCGCAAGAGUCCCAAGAAGCCAGCAGCACCAACAGCUGUUCAUCAGCAGCAGCAGAGCAACGCCAGCAGCAGCUGCGCAGCCAACGCACCACGCAAGUCGCUUAAUCAGCUGGCAACGCUGCUGCCGCUGCUGGCAGAUGCUGCAAGUCGUCAAGAGUACUUGGCAGCGCCUUUGGACUUUAGCAAAAAGUCCGAAGCAGAGUCAGCGCGCAGCUCGCGCAAGCAGGCGCAGCCGAAGAAGAUUCGGCUCACACCCGAAGCUGUCGUCGCCAUGCUGCGCGAUAAGCAUUUGAAUCGUAUGGGACAGCAGAAAUUGGGCUGCGCCAGCUGCUCAGCUGGUGGUGGCGUCAGUCGUCGUGGCAUUAGCUUUAACUAUCAUACGCUGGGCUCGUUGGCGCUGCAUCGCUAUUGGAAGCAUGGCGCUUUGAAAACGGCGGCCCACAGCUGCAAACAGUGCAGCGCACAGUUUGGGCGGCACUAUAGUUUGCAAUUGCAUCGUCGACUUAAGCAUGCCAAACUGUAAGCUCUCUCUCACCUUAUGAUAAUUCGCUCUCUCAAGUUUGCUUGCCAUAUAAAUUUUAUUCUCUAUGUAUUAUUAGGCAAAACGCGUUGCAAAUUUACUAGAAAGAAAUACACGAAUAUAAUUGCAUUUAUUUGUUAAAUUUUAAGUUGUGAUGUACCUGAAAUAUGAUUUCUUUAAAAAAAAAAUAUGAAAAAAUGAAAACUGAGCAAAUACAACUCGAGAACAUGAUGUAAAUUUGCAAAAACGAUUAUAAUGAAUUUCAUAUUAUAUUAGUUGUAUAAGUUUUGUGGUUAUGUAAAGCACUUACACACACACACUCAUAAACACAUACACAUAAAUUUAAACACACACACACACACGCUUGUGUAAUACUCACGCUUUAGUGUUAAAAGACAUGAACAAAAGUUAUACUUAAAUAUUUAUAAAUGAACAAUUUAACUUAAGUUUCGUUACAAAAUGAUUUUGUGAAUU